AGAUUCCACCUUAUUAAAAUGAUCAAACUAUUUGUCCCUCUCAGUUCGUUCGAGUAAAGCGAUUCGUCGAUGUGAUCUAUAUUAAAUAUAAUUUCAAUUUAUGCAAUGUUAAUAUAUAUGAUGUGUAGAUUGGAGCUGUAAUUAAAUGUAAUGUUUUACACACAAUUUGAAUAAAACACCCUAAUAAUAUAACUUUACGAGAUUAUAGAGUCAAUUGUAGUGCUAUUAGUAGUAUUUUAUUUAAUUUGAAUAUUAGAGCAUCAACAAUGGCGCCCGUCCGGGCGGAAUUCCGACCGGCGUGCUGGAAUUCCGCGGCGGACGUCCACCUUUGUUCAUGGUAUGCACAGAUACGGAAUUCCGCCGAUGACACCGCAGUUCCGCGGCGUUAUGCGGAAUUCCGUCUCGACAUUUCACAAACUAAUUACAAAUUAGGGGCAAUGGAAACAUUUAGCCUCACAUUAUUAUUACACUAUGAACAACACCAAAACCUUGAAUUUCAUGGUGAAUUCGAUGGGAAAUGACAAAUAGUCGUUGUGACGAUGAAGAACAUGUGGCUCAAAUGCUUCAUCUCAUUAAUUUUAUUUUCUCCCAGGUUUUCUAGGUAAUUUUGAGUUUUUCAUCCAAGAGAGAAUAUGACCAUAACUGAUCAAAGAUCCACCCUUUUUAUUUGAUUUCACCAAAGAAAUUGCUUCUGGGCGAGAUUCCCGCACGGUUGUGCAUCAAACACAGCCAUGUACACGGUUCGCACAAUGGCUUCAACUCUGGGCGAAUUGGUGACAACUCGUUGUUGUAUGAGCCAGCCCUAUUCGAGUUGCGGGCUAAUCGGCGCACCCAUGAGUUGCGGAUUGCUAUAUAAUCAUGUGGACUUAUACCAUCGUACUAGUGGAUUUAGUAGAUGCAAAAUCGAGAAAGUAACUCCUUUUUAAUAAAAGAAGACAAUAAAAUCCUUCAAUAAUUUAAUCACUAAAAAUUAGGAUUAGAAGGAGUAGGAGAGUGUGAAACUAAUCAAAUUUAAAUAGUAAUGUAGUACUACUUGUCUUGUGUACGAUAUAUGAAAUGAGUAGUGGUAAGUACAUUAUAAGGCCAAAGGCAUAGUGAUAGUGGUGUAACUCUUCACGCCACAAAACGAGACCAAUGAGAACCAAUCACCAACUACAUUUAUUCGCAUAAAAAAUGCAAUCUUAUACAAUUAAUCCCAUUGGUCGGUCCUCUUUCAUUUUCCUCUACAUACUUGUGCAAAUGCCGCAUCAGCUUUAGCUCAAACGACAACACAAGAUGAUGAAGAUGGAGCCCCGCACUUUAACCGUCAAACCUCCCGGCUUCCACUUCCCAACAAACAAACUCCCCCGCCGCCACCUCUCCUUCCACCGCGUCGUUGUCACCGCAGAAUGCACCUCCCCGGCCAAGCGCCGCGACGUGCUCAUCGCCCCCUUGCUCGCCCUCGGAGCGUACGCGCUCCACUCGGCCGCGGCCAAGGCGGCAGAAUUAACUAAGCAGCAUGUCAAGGACGAGACGAUUAAUUCGAGGAUUUACGACGCGACAGCGAUAGGAGAGCCGCUGGCGCUGGGGAAGGACAAGAGCAAGGCGUGGGAGAAGAUGAUGAACGCGCGGAUCGUGUACCUAGGCGAGGCCGAGCAGGUCCCGACGCGAGACGACAAAGAGGUGGAGAUGGAGAUCGUGAGCAAGCUGAGCAAGAGAUGCGCUCAAGCUGAGAGGCCCUUGUCGUUGGCCUUGGAGGCUAUUCCUUGUGAUUUCCAGUCCCCCCUCAAUAGCUAUAUCGAUGGCCGGAUCACUGCGGACGCCCUCGUGUCUUUACUAACGCAUUGGCCGUCGCAGCGCUGGCAGGAAUACGAGCCUCUGCUCACUUACUGCCGCGAUAAUGGAGUUCCGGUUAUUGCCUGUGGCCUUCCUCUUGAGGUUUUGAGGACAAUUCAAGGUGAAGGGGUAGGGGGGCUCUCAGAAAGUGACCGUAAGAAAUAUGGUCCGCCUGCAGGGUCGGGCUUCAUCUCAGGGUUCCGGUCUAUCUCAAGGCGAUCCUCGUCAUCUUCGUCGUCGUCGUCCUCUGUUGACAUAAAUUUCUCAAGCCCGCCUGCUCCGUUCGAGCCAAGCUCUUACUUCUCCAUGCAAGCGAAAGUGGUGGAGGACUACUCCAUGUCUCAGAUCAUUCUACAGGGCGUUACAGCCGGUGGGAGCAACGGGAUGCUGGUAGUGGUGACGGGCGCCAACCAUGUCGCCUACGGGGCCAGAGGGACAGGUCUACCCGCAAGAAUAUCAAGAAAGAUCCCGAAGAAAAAUCAAGUAGUGAUAUUGCUUGACCCUGAGCGCCAGUAUAUCAGGAGGGAGGGAGAAGUCCCUGUUGCGGACUUCUUGUGGUACUCGGCCGCCAGGCCCUGUAGUCGGAACUGCUUCGAUCGUGCUGAAAUCGCCCGAGUCAUGAAUGCUGCUGGAACUAGGAGAGAAGCCUUGCCUCAAGACCUUCAAAACGGACUCGAUCUUGGUCUAGUGUCCCCCGAAGUACUACAGAAUUUCUUCGAUCUAGAGCGAUAUCCUAUCAUCUCCGAACUGACAAACCGUUUCCAGGGCUUCAGAGAAAGACUACUGGCAGAUCCCAAAUUUCUACACAGAUUGGCCAUAGAAGAAUCCAUAUCAAUCACCACAGCCCUGGUAGCUCAGUACACGAGGCGCGGAGACAGAUUCAUCCAAGAGCUGGACUACGUUGUCACGGACACAUUAAGAGGGAUCGUGGUGGAUUUCUUCACAGUGUGGCUCCCAGCGCCCACGCUGUCAUUCCUCCCUGUCGUGGACUCUGCUGCCCCGGACAGCUUGGAAGCAGUGAAGGGCCUUUUAGGGUCCAUCCCGGACAACGCUUUCCAGAAGAAUCCGGUCGGGAGGGACUGGAACUUGAGCCAUAGAAUAGCAUCAGUGGUGUUUGGUGGUCUAAAGCUGGCCGGAGUGGGAUUCGUCUCCAGCAUUGGCGCUGUGGUCUCGUCAAACAUACUCUACCUACUUCGGAAGGUCAUCAACCCAAGCUUUGCUGCGAUGGAGCAGAACAAACGCUCGCCCAUACUCAAAUCUGCCCUCGUCUAUUCAACCUUCCUCGGAACAUCAGCAAAUCUGCGCUAUCAGUUUAUUGCAGGAAUAGUGGAGCAUAGGAUAUCGGAGGAGAUCGCGGACCAGCCAUUGCUAGUAAACGGGAUCUCGUUUGUGGCUCGAACGAUAAACUCGUACUUGGGAACGCAGCAAUGGAUUGAUUUGGCACGGUACACAGGAGUGCAGGCUUGUAAGAAGGAAGAAGAAAUAGUAGUAACAUCGUAUCAAGUGUUAGAAGAUGCUACCAACAUUGAUGAAGUUGAAGCCAACCAGCAAUAGACUCUGUAUCUUCAAAAUGCCAUUUCAUUCUUUCACAAUUUUGGCUAAGUGUACAUUGAAAAUGGACAACCACAGGAAUACUUUCAAUCAAUUUUCAUUAAUAAUAGUACAUUUUAUAGAA